CGCGGGAAGUUCAGAGGGUGAUAGACGGCAAGUUCGGCGGUGGCUUCUCUCUGGGAAAAUAUAAAAGGGAGUGGCCUCUGACUGGACCAGAGCCAUGAGCAGUUCUGUCCCGUUUCCUGGGCAGCUCAUGGAGUUCUGGAUGGGUAAGGCAGUGGAAUGGGACCAGACUAAGACCCCUGCUGUCCAGUUCGAUGUCAGUCUCCAUCUGGGUCAGCUGAGGAGCUUUCUUCAGGAUGUAUUCAAGGAGCUGCAUGUUACUAGUUCCACUAGGGAAGCGAUUGAGAGAUUUCCCUUCAUUGGCCAGCUGCUGGGAAGGCUGUGCUGGAAUUUGUAUGUAACUGCUGACGAGGAGAGCCGAGACUGCCUGCUGCGCUGUCUGUGUUGCAUGUACAGUGCGCAACCCCAGGGUGCUGUUGAGCUGAAGGCCAACCAGUGGAUCCAGAAUUUACUGUGCCUCCUAAGUACUGAGGACGACUCCAGCACAGCACAGGCCGUUUUUAAUCACGUGGGCUGUACACCAAGAGAGUAUCAUUUAGAGGUGUUGAAAAAUAUGGUAGCAUGGUUGGUGAAAGACAUCACAAGCUCUUCCUGCUAUAAAGUCCAUGAACUUGAACUGUGCUCAUAUGACAAACUGUACAGUGUGUCACUUUCCAGCAUCCCGCUAGUCACGUGUCCAGAGGCUACUCCUUUGAUCGGUGCUCUUCUUCAGUGUCCUGCAGCUUUGAAUGAGGGCUUCCUGGAGGCAGUCAGUGAGGCCCUGCUGAGUAAGAAGCUGAUUCUCAAGGAGCCGGCAGUGGUGGCUCUAUGGUGUCAAAGUCUCACCAGUUUGGAGAGUGCUACACUACAUCUCCUUGAAUCUGUGCUCUCAAACCUGGAACCCUUCCCACAGGAACUUGAGCAACAGGUUAUUGACUCUCUGCUGCCAAGAGCAUCUGCCCUUCACUGUCCUCUGUUUCUCGUGGUGAAUGACAUCUUCAGGACCGUACUGCUGGGUUUGGAUGCAAACGUAUCUUUCCGAGCGCUCCUCCAGGCCUUUACACGCUGCUUUCUUUGCACAUAUGGACAAGUGGAACCACAGGAGAGGCUGCCACUGAAGACCUUCUUUCCCCAUGCUCCCCUGUCCAUACUAAUGCCACUGCUGAAGCUUCCCUCAGAGGUGCCUGAGGAGGCAUGGUCUGCACACUUGCUGUGGAUCAGCUGCUGCUUACAUACAGUGGUGGAGGAGGAGGAAAAAGUACAUAACAGAUGGCACCACCGUCUGUUUGAGAGCUGGUUCCUGCUGCUGCAGUGUAGUGACUGGGUUGAUGUGGCUGCUCAGGUUUUGGUCACAUCUAGCCAAGAGUCCUCGACAACACUCUUGUGGCUGCUAGCAUUCUACUAUCAUCCUGCCAACAAUGAGCAGCAGAGGACCCAAGCGCUGGCUGUCGCCAAAGCUGUCUUAGACCACCUGAGAGUGCUUUUCACUACUGCUACUCCUCCUCCUUUGGAGCAUCUCCAGGCAUUCAUGGGGCUGAUGACCACUCACUCCUCUCAUCCUGCCACGACUCGCUUAAUCCUCCAACUCAUGGUCAAUUUUGCUACCUUCUCACACUGGUUACCUGACAUUGCAACUGAGCUCUUUCACUUGGUGAAGGUGAGGUGUGGCUUCACCAGGCAGCUCUUGGCUCUCCUGGCUGGUAUUGAGCAUAGACUAAAUGGUCGUGAAACUCAUGAAAGGUUGAAGAAUUUAAGGACAUUUUGCAUUGAACACAAGUAGGUAUUAUCUAAAGCAUACCUCAACUAAGGAUAUCAACAUUCUUGGACUAUUCAGAGCAAUUUAAAAAUAUGUACUGGUUGAAAAAAGACUAAAAGAUGGCAGAUGUUUUUCAAAUAUUUAUUUUUCCCCACUUAUAUAAUGAGGGGCCUUGGUAAAGAUUGCUAGUUACUGGCUAGUCAGGAUUUGGGAUCAUUUAGCUGUAUUUUCAGCCUGAUGUCCAGAGUUUCUAGAGAUGUUAAGUGUUGAUGCAAGUAUUUUAUUCUCCACCCUUCAUGUGUAGCUUAAUAAGAAA